AAAAAUGCAUGUAGAGAUGGCGCCAGUUUUUGAGGAAGUUUUAUCGCCAGUUUUGCAAAGCUUGUGAAGUUGUUGGGCGGAAGUGGCAGUAAAAAACGCUGGAAAUAACCUGUGCAACAUGGAAAUUUAAAAUGACCAAGAUACUCGGGAGGCCGUCUUCCAUGUUACGGGUGACGGACUUAAAUAAUGAAUUCGUCUAACGGCAAUCAAAAUAACGCCGAUCAGAUCGCGAUGGUAGUAGGCUCGCCAAGCGGAAUGUCUGUUGCUUCGGACGAUGAUGACGACAAUUGUCCCUCGUCGCCGGGGUCCGUCUAUGAGGAGGGCUCCGACCUCAUGGCGGCCGCCAUGGGCGACGAGGUGACCGCGCAACUAGCCGCCGCGGGACCUGUAGGCGUAGCAGCUGCAGCUGCGAUAGUAUCUUCGAAAAAGCGAAAACGACCGCACAGCUUCGAGACGAACCCUUCAAUAAGAAAGCGGCAGCAGAACAGAUUGCUGAGAAAGUUGCGGCAAACAAUUGACGAGUUUGCGACGCGAGUAGGCCAACAGGCCAUCGUUUUGGUUGCCACGCCCGGCAAACCCAACACAAGCUACAAGGUGUUCGGCGCCAAGCCGCUGGAGGACGUGAUCAAAAAUCUGCGCGGCAUGAUCAUGGACGAGUUGGAGAACGCGCUGGCGCACCAGGCGCCUCCGCCAAUACAAGACGACCCAACUUUGUUCGAGUUACCGCCUCUAAUCAUCGACGGCAUACCCACGCCGGUCGAGAAAAUGACGCAAGCCCAACUCAGGGCGUUCAUCCCUCUCAUGCUGAAGUACUCCACUGGUAGAGGCAAACCCGGAUGGGGCAGGGAAUCCACAAGACCGCCGUGGUGGCCCAAGGAGUUGCCCUGGGCUAACGUGCGCAUGGACGCCAGAAGCGAAGACGAGAAACAAAAAAUAUCUUGGACCCACGCGCUGAGGCAGAUUGUGAUAAACUGCUACAAAUUCCAUGGCAGGGAGGACUUGUUGCCAGCCUUCACCGAAGAGGACGAGAAGGCCAACGCGGCCGCCACGGCCAACGCCAAUGUCAGUACCUCAGUUGGUGUAUUAAAAAUGCACACGUCGGGCAUGGUGCCCACUCAUAAGAUACAAAUUCAAGCUAACGGCUCGCCGCAAAUUAUAGCCACGUCGCCUGAUCUAUCGGGCUCAUCCACGCAGGUCUGCCUUGAUCCUGCCGGCUAUAGUUCAGACGUCGAUAUAACCGCUCAGUACACCCCAACGGUUCUUCACACAAUCACCAACCCAGAUGGUACAGUCAGUAUUGUGCAAGUCGAUCCAAACAACCCCAUCAUUACAUUACCUGAUGGUACCACUGCGCAUGUGCAAGGAAUGGCCACUUUACAGUCAGGUCAAGGGGACGGCACGCCAGUGCACACAAUACAAACCAUCAGUGAAGGAGGUCAAGGUGAAGUGGUGGACUUGAACUCCGUCACAGAAGCAACGUUAAAUUCCGAAGGACAAAUCAUCCUUACGGCUGAGGAUGGGCAUGUGAGUGGAGUUAUAACAGUGCCAGUUUCGGCAUCAAUGUAUCAAACAAUGGUGGCCAACAUUCAACAUCUGCACACAAACAGCGACGGAACCGUUUGCGUUACACCAGUAGUUCAGGUACCUAAGGUUGAGCCGAACAAUGGCGACAACAUGGAGACGUUGACGGUGACGCCUAGCGGCUUGGGUACGCACUCGAUGAUGAUACAGACUUCGGGGACGGACGCGCCGCAAGUGUUGCAAGUGUUGUCUCUGAAAGACGCGACGGUUCUGACGAAGGCUAUGCAAAGCAUUGCCGACGUUAAAACCGAAGAGACCAUCAUCAGUGACCAAUAGACUGUUUGCAGUGGUGAAAAGACAAUUAGUUGGGCCCCACUAUUCCCCCCCCUUAUCCCUCCUUUAUGAUGUUUAAGAUAAUUACAUUGGUGGCGUUAUCGAGUUCGAUGGCGCUCUUAUAUUAUAGAAAAACCGAUCUAAGGUUGGCGUAGCCUUGCUGUUUGUGCAUUUUUUUAUCAGAUGUAUGAUCGGUAGGGUUCUGUAUGUAAUUUAUUGAUUGUCUUUUUUGUUUUUUCCAUCAACUAUUUAGCUUAUAUUUUUACACUUUUUUUACUUGACAAGUACAAUUAUUUACUUAAUUCUUAUUAAUUUUUUGUUACUUGUUGAGACCUCAAAAUAUCACUCAAAUUAUAUUUCCACAAAAUACCAUGAAAAUAGUAACCAUAUUUUUAGAUAAAUAUUGAAUAUAAUUCCGUUUGAUAUUUUGGCUUAGUCAGUUGUUGACGGAACAUUUAAAUUUAAGAAGUUUGCAGGCAUUUUAUAAAUUGAAGCGUGAACACACAAAAUUACCCAAUUUAACAAAACAAGCAUUUAUUUUUUCCAACUAGCAUAUAUUUUGGUUUUAUAUUACUGAAAUAGGAAACCUGAAUAUUUGCGAACGUCGUUCAAAAUAUCUACUUGUAAUUUAAUGUGGUGUUAAUAGUAAUGUUAUCAUAAUGUUGGAACAGAGCUUAAAUAUAGAAAAACCUGGUCACAAAACUAGAAAAAUACACGUAAACUAAAAAGCAUCAUUUCAUUUGUAAAUAAACUAGACAAUUUUACAAAAAAAAAAAUUAAAUUUUGACCAAAAUACAUAAUUUAGUCAAUGUUGUUUUUUCUGUAUAUAUGUUCUUUUAAUUAAGUAGCUUGCAGGGUGUUUUUGUUAAAAACCAAAAAAAUAUCUGAGAACAUGGCUUUUUAAUCCAAUAUAUUUGUUAAUUAAUUUUAAUUGCAAUCAAUGUGUACUAGUACGUUUUUUUAUGUGUGUGGAAGUCAGUAUUUUGUGUGGAUAAUUUAUUUGUGCCAUUUCACUAAGCUUCUUUUUUUUAUUAAAUUAAUUAAGGUGAUACAAAUAAUUAGUAAUUAAUAUGAAAAACCACUUAUUUGCAAAUAACAACGAUUGUUUUUAAUAAUGUGCAACUUCAAUUUGUGUACCUCACAAUCUAAACAAUUAAUUUUGAUUUUGUUUUGUUUUAUUUAAAUUUAUCCAUGAU